GUAGUUGCGAAUAGAUCUGCCUUUUCCACAAUGUUCAUACAUUGUGCUUUUGUUUGUGCAAUAGUUUUUGCAGUUUUACCAGUAUCUGCUGCCAAUGAAGGAGUUCCUAACAAAGCUGAUUUUAACAAAACUUAUUCAGCUAUCAUCAAUACCACAUCUGAAGCCAUCUAUGAAUUCUCUUAUAGUGAGAUGAAAAAUAAGACAACUGCUGUGAGAGUUACCACUGCCCUUUUGUCUGACUACAAGAAGGAAUUCCCUGUCAUUGUUGUGAUUCGACAACAGCGCCAAACCAUGUCAUGGACAAUGCCACUUUAUCUGGAAUAUAAUGAGAAUGCAACUCCAUUUGAGACUGUCAGUCGUAUACUGUGUCCUCUGGAUAUUAACCAUCGGCCAGAUAAACCAGAAGACCAGAGUUUCUUUGUAGAUGUGUCAACAUUUAGUCAAACGCCAUUAAAUUUUACCCUAAUGGCCACAAAAAUCGCAGAUUUUCAAGUCAGCACUGGAACCCCAAAGGAGAUCUAUAUUACCCCAUCAGAGCCUCAGUACUAUAUGUAUACCUUCCCAAGAGGCAUUGACUCAGUAAUGGUUCAUGCUACAUCAGAAGAUGAGAGAUGUGCUGUGAUGUCCAUACAAUCUAUACAGUGUCCUGUUUAUGAUCUCAAUGUUAAUGUGGAAUUUGAAGGAAAGUACCAAACUAUGACCAAACAGGCUGCUAUUCAGAUAGAGAGAGGCGAUUAUCCUGGAGAUUCUUUCUAUGUAAUUUUUGUUCUGAAACCAUUGGACAAAGUCUGUUCCUCUGAACUAGAAACAAUUUUACCAGCGGGAUUCAAACGAGAGAAGAAUAUAACUCUGGAAAUCAAGACAACUAUAAGUGGUGACAAAUACUACUGGGGAAUGUUGUUUGCUAUAGCUCUUUUUGGAUCCUUUUACUUGAUAGCUUUCUGUAUCGGAUGUUUUUAUCAUGGAUGUUCAAAACACAGAGGUAUAUGGAUGAUUCCUGAAUCUCAAGACCAAAAUUCAGAGAGUAUGGACAAUCCAGCUAGACCUCUAAAUACAAGGACUGGUGCUUCAACAUAUGGGUCCAUUCAUAACCAAGAUGCUGAUGAUGAACACAAUGACUUGCUGAGCACCACAAUCAAAACUGCUACAUCAUCAGCCCUUUCGACCACCAGGAAUAGUACAAAUGCAUCAGACAAUAUGUCCAUCAGUUCUCUUGAUUCAGACGACAUUGAUUUUCUCAAAGACGCUGACUCAGAAAAAGAUGUAUUCAGAACAAAAACUGAGUUAUUUGUUUGCGACUUGUCAAGAAAGAAAUACAAAAAACAAGCAAGAAAUUAUGCUAUAUAUUGGAGAAACUUGGUUGCAAUAUCUAUAUUCUAUGGACUUCCUGUACUGCAGUUAGUAUUCACUUACCAAAAGGUAUUGAAUGUGACUGGGAAUUUAGACAUCUGCUACUACAAUUUUAAUUGUGCUCACCCAUGGGGUCUUGUCAGUUCAUUCAACAACAUCUUCAGCAAUAUUGGAUAUGUGUCUCUAGGCAUCCUCUUUUUGUUUCUCGUGUACAGAAGAAAGCUGAUAUAUGCCCUGGCAGUACAACAGGAUAAAUCUAUGAAAAAAGAGCUAGGGAUCCCCCAACAUUUUGGUCUCUUCUUUGCCAUGGGUUUAGCCCUCAUCAUGGAGGGUGUUAUGAGUGCCUGCUACCAUGUCUGUCCCAAUUACUCCAACUUUCAGUUUGAUACCUCAUUUAUGUACAUCAUUGCCUGCUUGUGCAUGCUUAAGAUUUACCAGACAAGACACCCAGAUGUCAGUGCCAAAGCCCACACCUCCUAUCUUGUCAUGGCAUUUGUCAUAUUCAUAGCUGUGAUUGGAGUUAUAUAUGGGACCAAUAUAUUUUGGAUUUUUUUUGCCUGUGUAUACAUGUUAUUCUACUUAGUUCUUAGUGUUCACAUCUACUUUAUGGGAAGAUGGAAAAUAGAUAAAGGGAUUUUUAGAAGAAUGUUUAUGAUGUGUAGAUAUGACAUGUUGAGAUGUAGAAGACCAAUGUAUCCUGAUAGAAUGGUUUUAUUGGUGUUUGGAAAUAUCAUCAACUGGGUAAUUGCAGUUUAUGGAGCUGUGUACCAUUCUCCAGACUUUGCCACUUAUCUUUUGGGUAUCUUCAUUGGAAAUCUCAUGAUCUACUGUACUUUCUAUAUUAUAAUGAAGUUGAGGUAUGGUGAGAGAAUCCAUUACCUUGCUGGCUUUAUUAUUGGUGGUGCUGUAGUUGUGUGGGGCUUUGCUCUAUAUUUCUUUUUCUCUAACCUGACAUCCUGGCAGAAAACACCUUCGAGAUCAAGAGAAGGAAACAAAGACUGCAUGUUGCUGGAGUUCUAUGAUGCUCAUGACAUUUGGCACUUCCUUUCCUCCAUUGCUUUGUUUUUUUCCUUUUUGGUUCUUCUAACAUUGGAUGAUGAGAUGGUUUCUUUCCAUAGAGACCAGAUACAUGUUGACAACAUUGCUCAAAUGUUUAAGUCAUUUGGAAAAUUGUUUGGAAGGAAGCGCUCGAGUAAAAAGGGGCGAAAAAGUACGACAGAUUCUUCAGAGAAUGACGACAGUUUCGAAUCAGACCGUAGACUUUUGCCCUGCCGGAUUGCCAAAACCCCGGUGCAUGACGAUGCCGUGGUUCAUCUUUCACCUGUACAACCAGGCCUCUGUUUAUCAUGCAGUAAAGAUAAGACGGUAGCCCUGUAUGAUUAUGAAAACCACAAUUUAAUAGACAGAUGGACAGGUCACGAAAGAGAACUAACGAAGAUUCGGAAUGGUAAAACAAGCAACAACAUAUUCAGUGCAUCAAGAGACAAGUCUAUUAAAAUGUGGAAGAGUGGGAAUCCAAAUUGUUUACAAGAAUUUAAUGGCCAUGAGCUUGUAGUAACUGCCAUUGAUUUAAACCACGAUGAUUCCUGGUUGUGCAGUGGAUCUAGAGACAAUCAUGUGAAAAUAUGGGAUGUAAACACUGCUCAGUGUCUCUUACAGAGUAAUAUCCACCGGAACUUAGUGACAGAUGUGAAGUUUGUGCCAGGGACACAUUUACUGGUUCAGACUGGGGAAGACAAAGAAGUCAGGUUAUUUGACACAAGAACCUUGCAGGUUGUCCACAGUUUUCCCAGAAAGCAUUAUAUUCAGAUGGCAUGUGAUGUCAGUCCAGAUGGAUUGUACUGUGUCACAUGUAGCAAUGGUUUUGGUGGCAAAGGUUGUGAGGCCACGUUAUGGGAUAUACGAGGGAGGAGUAUAGUUCAUGAAUAUAGGGACCACGGUGAAGCUGUGGAGUCUUGCAUAUUCUUGCCAUCCAUUGAUGAAAAAAAGAUCAUAGCUACCACCUCACGGGACACCACCAUUAGACUGUGGGAUAUGAACACCAAAGAGUGCCUGACCUGUUUCCCUGUUGCUGGAUCUGGACCGCUUACGUCCAUUAUCUGUUAUGAUGAUCUCAGUUUAUGUGUAUCCAGCUUUAAUUCAGGCAUUAUCUCGCUCCAGCUGUCUCCUGACGAUUUUUCUCUGCACCAGACAGGACAGUUUUAAUGCCAAAACUCAUAGAUUUAUAGAGUUUAAAUCUUCAAAAUAUAGUUUUACCAGUCAAAUCCUUUAUACAGUCAAGCCUUUGUAAUCCUAGUCACUUCACAUUCUGCAUGAAAUUUGUGGGGAACAGAAUUUACAUUUAUAUCAACCAAUUAUGAAAAGGAACAUUUAAUAAAUCCAGACACUUCAUUAAUCUGAACAAUUUGCUUCAGAACCCAAGUAUUAACAAGGCUUGACUGUAAUAGAGUAAUAUCUUAAACAAAAUGGAUCUGACUAAAUGUUUUCAUAUCAUGAAUUGCCAUAAUUCUCUUUUUGAGUUCAUAUACAUGUAAUUUAAAGGUUCAAGGAUGCAUGUACUGGGUAUAUGUGGUGUUCUUGUUUCAUUAAGUGUUACAUGUUACUGCUCUUCAUGACCUCUCUUAGGGGUUUAUGCUGACUGGAAUUCAUUUUCAGAUGGAGUGUUUCCUUUUCUUCUCUUUGUAUUCAGUUUAAAUGUAUUGAACAUCCAUCUAACAUAUUACCUGAAUGACAAAUAUUAUGAUUUUAUAGUAUUAAUGUAACCUCAAAGGUGAUGAUUUAUUUUUGUGUGUUUGUGUGAUUGUAUUUUAUACUGUUGUGAUAUUCAUUGUAAAAUACAUCAUCAUUACUUUGAUACGUACAGAGGACAAUCUGAGAUUAUUUUGGCCUAGCUGAUUGGUGUUGAAUUUUGUAGUAUUUUGUGUGAGUUUUUAUCAGCACUAGAACUUUGGUCUGAUGAGGUUUUGAUUUUUAGCACAGAAGUCACACUGCUGAAAAACUGUAUAGCUCUCUGGGCAAUAAAAUCAGAUAGACAUACCAGUCAGCUAGACCUACAGAUCCACCCAUUCAAAAAUAAAACCUAUUUACGACACAACUGUUUUGUUACUUUAUUUCCUUUUCAACUGUUCAAUUGGCCCUCUGGAUUUAUAAUGACACAUCCGUUCCACUGAUAUAAAGGAACAUUUUUCUAACAGUGGCAUAGCUACCAUAUACACCUAUAUGCCAAAG